AGCCAGUUCGGCUCAAGGAGGCUCAAACUGCUGCCGUGUCUUGGCAAGCGCUGCUGGCCCGCACUCAUCAGAAGGCAACAUGGGCAUCGACAUUGAAGCCGGCGGCCGUGUGAAGACCAAGAAGCGCAUCACCACGACCGGCAAUCCGUACAUCCGGCUCUUGUGCAAGCUGUACAAGUUCCUGUCCCGGCGCACGGACUCGAAGUUCAACAAGGUGAUCUUCAAGCGGCUCAACAUGACGAAGAAGAACAAGCCGCCCCUGUCGAUCUCCAAGCUGGCCAAGUUGAUGGACGGCAAGGACGGGAAGGUG